UGGCGUAUUAAAACAAUGUGGCAACAGUGUUUAUGCCCCGCCUUCUUCCCGCUGUUGCAGGUGUGAUCUUCCACUCUCGCUCACUACCUCGACCACAUCGACAACUCACACAUUCAUAACCUGGCAGGAGGGCAAGAUGGCCUCUCAGGACUGUCAAGUGUGCCUAGAGCCUUACGACGAUAAGGAGCGUCGUCCUCGGUGUUUGAGCUGCGGACACACCUUGUGUACCUCGUGUGUGGCAGACACCAUCACCUGUGGUCCCCUCUACUGUCCCUUUUGUCGUAUCAUUCACUCCUCCCCCGUCUCCAGCGCAGACGAUGUUCCAGUUAAUUAUACUGUAGUCAGCUUACUGCAAGACAACGCCUACUCUAUAGGUAGCCAGCGGUCCCACACCCUACUGACCGAGCUUAAGAAGGAAGCUAACGAGUUCACCACAGCUGAGUUAGUUACCUGCAACUGUCACCUCACUCGACUUGUUGAAUUUAAACGGCGCCUGUCAGAGCAGAGGAGUGUGCACCAGGUACACAUACAGGCACUGAGGUCGUUGAUAGAGCGGAACGAGAGUCUCCUAGAGGAAAUGACCCGCACAGCCGACCAGGUCUCUAAUACCAUAGCUCAGGGCAUGGAGAAGCGCGCCGCACUGGAGGCGGCUCAAGCCAGAGUUAAUGCUUCCUCCACACUCCUCGAGGUCACCGCCGCCCACCACUACGACAGAGCUCGGGACAACGACAUCCAGGAGUGGGGCGCCGCGGCCCACCAGCUGCUACAGUCACAAGUCAUUGUCUCAGCCAGGGAGGUGGAGCACAUAACCAGCGCCGCCCUGCAGGCUGUGGUGGGUCGCAGCAUGUCAGCCGCUGCUGCCGCCCUCACGCCCACCAAGACCCAGAUGGUGGACGACCUGCCGGACACAGGUCAGUUGGUGGUGCAAGUGUUGAACAAGGCGCGACUGGUGGGCAGCGGAGUGUGGACGGUCAUGGAAGUAGACGGCAGGCCCCGAUGUGCUAAAAUGGUCCAUUUCGACGACCGAGUGUAUCUGUCCGCUCUCAGGGAAGGAAAGCCUCCCAUCUACUCUCACACUAUACCGUAUGUUGACGUGAGAGGUCUGGUGGACGAGACCUGUGUGAGAAUCUUCUUGGAGCUGUCAUGGGGAGGCGAGAUACAAGGACGAGUGUGCAUCAAGUUGCUCAACACAGCGCCAAGGACCCGACAGUUCUUCUUCUUGUGUUCUGGGGAACGUGGCCCGUCUUACGCCAACACUAACUUUCUCGAGGUAGAGAGUCGCGGCCAGCCCGGCGAGCGUGUGUGGGGCGGCGACUACGAGAAGAACGAUGGGAGCGGAGGUUCUGCUCUUCCUGGACUUUUAAUGGGCGACCUCAACGUCCAGACUGUGACGGCUGGGCUAGUAGCUGGUUUCUGUUACGGCGACGAACACCGUAAACCGUCACACUUCGUCAUAUACAACAAUGACUGUCCCAUAGCCUACGAAGAGUGUCCUAUAGGGAAAGUUGAAAAUGGGAUGGAUUUAGUUCGCGCAGCUGCUAAACUUGUCAAUAUGCGGGAAGCCACCAUUAGUGACUGUGGUAUAGUAUUGUGUCUCUGAGAUGCCUUUACAUGGAUUUUCACUAUGUGCAAAUCUUUUGGAUGAUCACUCCAAGCGAAUUUUUGUGAAUUUGUCUUGAUGUAUAAAUGUAGAUAUGAACUCGUUUCAGGAGACAGACUGGCAUAUAUUCAACAUUGUGCUAUGUAUAUUUCUCUCCAAUAACACUUAACGUGCGGUGUGACUAUGUGUGUGACAAUGACAAGAGACAUCUUAUAGUGUAUGUCAGUGUUUCGUGUUCAUUUCCAAAUUGGCAUUCCUGUUCAUCAACAAGUCAUUAGGGAACACAGAUAAUGUUUCUCACUGCGUGUAUCAAGUAAUGUUUGUUUUACACGUACAACACUACUGCUUCAAAAAACAUACCAAAAUCCAGUAUCAUCAAGCGUUAUAUUUAUGACAGCUUUAGUGAGUGCUGGAACUUACAAGUACCAAUAUCAUAUGAGGUACGUAAUAACAAUGAUUAUAUUUUAACCUUGGCCACUAUCACUCAUUAUGAAAGAGUAUGUUUUAAGCUACUUUUUGUGAGCUACACACCCGAGUAUGGGAGUGUCAUAAACUAGGGUUUGAGGAGUGUCACAGCCUCUAGGCCCUAGAGUCUAGGGAGAAGUUAUUGAUACGACUUGUAUCCGACACAGCGAGCCACAAGUGAUAUAAGUGUAACUUACAUUUACCGAUUGUAACGUGACUGCUUUAUCAGAGAAAUGUUACACCAAGUAUCUAAGAGUGCAAGUGCCACAAAUGCUUUGUGAGUGUACCUUAACUAUUGUAUAAUAGUACUACAACUACUGAGAGAGAAGUAUUAUAACUGCUGAGAGAGAGUGUACGACAACUAUACUGUGAGAGACACACCCUAUAACUGCACUAGCACCAGUUUAAUGAAAGAAUUCACGCUUCGCACUUCCUUCACUAUUUUUUACGUUGAUAAAGUAUUCAAAGUCUAAAACCAUCAGUGUUUAUUGUUGUUGUUUUUAUUCUUCUACUGUUGUGUAUAGGGUAUUGUGAUGUACCGAAGUGUGGUGUGACAUACUAGACUAGAGUAUGGUGUGGUGUACCAGUGUGGCGCGAACUAGGUAAACAUCGGUUUGGAAAUGGAGUAGUGGAUGAAUGGAACAAGUUAACAAACAUUAUCAUUAACUCAAGCACAUUAGGUAGCUUCAAACAUAGGUUGGAUGGAUAUAUUAUGAGCGAUAGGGGUUGGGUGUAAAUGGGACUGCCCAGUAUGGGCCAAUAGGCCCACUGCAGGUUCCUCCAUUCUUAAGUUUUUAUAUUGAGUGUGGUGUAUCAGUGUGAUGUGGUGUGCCAGUGUGAUGUAUCAGAGUAUGAUAUAAUAUACCAGACUAGCGUAUGGUGUGGUGUUCCAGAGAAAUGUAAGGAUGUAGGGUGAGGCAGUGAGUUGAGGCGUGUCACACGCACACAGCUGAAAUAAUUAUAUCAAUAUAUGCUUCAUAUCUGUUUCUGUAUAUUGUUGAGAGCAUUAUAAACGGUGUGCCUGUAAUGUCUUGUCAUUUAUUUUGUAAUGAAACUAUUGUCCAGAUGUUACUUUUUAUGAUGUAUGUUUGUUUACCGAAUAUGUCAAAGAUUUUUAUGAAAUAUAUCACAUAUAUCAACCUUU